AUUUAACAUAAAUAAGUUAUUUGAUGUAAUAUUAGAAAAAUAAAAAAAUUUCAUAUUCAUGAACACUUCGUGUAUUUCACUAUGUUUAUUUUAUUAUAAGAACAUAAAGCGAAAUUAUAUAUAAGGAAAUAACUAGCAUUCAGGUCUUGAAAAUAAAAUAAUUUUAGCCAUAUAUUUCAAUAAGUAUCAAAUUUAAAAUCGAAGUUAUAGCAGGCCUUAUAUAUAAAUAAAAAUAAGCAAUGUAUAAUUUUAAUAAUUAUCAUGCCAUUAUAUAUGUUAGCUUUCUUCUUGCACACAAAUAUGCUUCAAUAAUUGAUACUUUAAACUAAUUUUAAUUUGUUUAGAGAGAAAGACUGGUAUAAUGUAUUGUAGUACUAUAGUUUAAUUAACUAUAUUAUAAUAAUAGUGUAUUAAAAUUAUAUAGCUGACAAAUGUUAAAGCAGUUCAUUAUUUUUCGUUCGAAACGUGUGUAAUUCAAUAACAGUUACUGCACGUUCCGAAGAAAAGAAGAGGAAAUGAGAUAAAAGGAAAAAAAAAAGAAAAAAAAGAGAGAAAGAAGAGAAAUGAAUCCGCCACAAAACAUUAAAUAAAGAAUUUGUUUUUAUUUUUUAAAUUAUACAGUUCAAAUAUUUAAUCUGCGAUCAUUAAAUAACAAAACUUUUUAUUUGAUUUUGAUCGACUGCUAAAAAAUCAUUGUUUAGUAUAUAAACAACACAAUUUCUUUUUUUCUGUUACUCUUAUAUAAGUCUGUCUCUAAUCAUAUAUGGCGCCAAUAUUUAAUCCACUAGAGGGCGUCGAUGGUGUAUUAGAUGGUAUAACCUAUAUAUAUACUAGAAUCACUGUAAAUAAGCAUUUAUGUUUUAGAACAUAAAGUUAACCUCAUUUUGUGAGAAUAUUUUUCUACAAAGUGAUAAGGAAAAUUAUAUUAAUAAUUAUAAUAUAAUUGUUAUUUUUUCUCUCUACACUUCUUCUGAAAAUAAUACAUAUCAGUCGAAAUGGAUGAUAUUUGGGAAUCUAAGGAUAAGACUAUCAGAAAAGAAAUACUUAAAAAAGGCAUUUUUUCAAACAAACCAACAGAAUGUUGUGAAUGUCAGAUUAUAAUACAAAAUGUAAAUGUUACUGGAAUGAAUGUUAUGGAUUUGAAAAAUCAGCUUCAAACAGAAAUUCUCGAUGAUACUGAAAAGACAAUUAGGAUAGGAGAUGCAAAUUCUGAAAUCGACAGAAAAAUUGAAAGGGGAAUACAAAUGAUGAUGAUCGAAGAGAAUUGUUUGUUUACCAUAUAUAUGUCAGCUUUAUCUAAGGAAGGAAAAAAAGUUAUUGUUACUUUUAAUAUAAUUUUGAAGUAUUUCAAGCCAUUUAAGACAAUUUGGAAUUGGACUCCAGAAGAAAAAUAUGAGAUUGCUUCAAAGUAUAAAGAAGUUGGUGUAAAAUUAUUUAAAGAAUCAAGACACAUAGAUGCAUUUCAUAAAUUUAGCAAAGCUUGCAAAAUUUUAAUAACACUAGAACCAAUACCUGAUCUAGAAUUGGAUAAAUCAUUAGAAAAAAAUAUUAAUACAUUGAGGAUAAUUUUAUAUAACAAUUUAGCUGGAUGUCAUAUACUUAGAGGGAAUUAUGAGCAUGUAAUUAAAUUAUGUAACAAAAUUUUAGAAAAAGAUGAAAAUAACAUUAAGGCUUUGUAUAGACGUGGUGUAGCUUAUGGUAAAUUAAGAAACAUUGAAAAUGCUGUUUCUGACUUGAAAAAAGUUAUUACUUUAGAGCCUCAUAAUGCUGCUGCAAAGGAACAAUUUCUCAUUUAUAAUCAAAAAUUACAGGAAGCAAAUCAGAAGUGUAAAGAUAUGAUAAAGAGAAUGUUUCAAACUUAAUAAUUAAUUAUCAAGUAUCUUUAAGUCAUUGACAUAAAAUUGUUUACAAAUAAUAUAUAGAUAAUAUACAGAAUAAAUAGUUAUUUUAUAAAUAGAAAAAUACGUUUUUAUUUUACCCAUAACAAUGUUACACCACAUUUGACGCAUUUGUAUUAUUUAUGUAGCUUGCAACGGUUCUCUACCUACACUUGUUAUUCAAUAGUUAAAUAUUAUAUAUAAAUACAGUGAAAUUGAUUUUAUGUAUUAAAACACAAUACUAGUACAAAAAGAUUUGAAGGAUAAAUAAUUGAGCGUUUAAUA